AUGGACGGGCUGGGCUCGCCCCUGAAGACGGUGGCAGCCGGUGUGAGUUCUGAGCACGCGCAGAAUAGAGUCUGUCCCUUAGAGUUACGGCUCUGGCAUCGAUUGACUGGGCUGCUGCGCCCGCGCAGGCGCUGUGGGUUGGGUGCCAUCUUUGUUGUGGGUGACGGAGGCAAGCGAGCGUCCUGCCGCCCGGAGUUGGAUGGUGCCAUCGUCCCCUUUAGCGAUUGCUCCUGCCUGCUGCCAAGGCCGGACGGUGCAGGCGGGAUGGCGGAGCGCGGCGACCCCUCGCCCGCGGGGGGCUCCGGCCGGACCUGGUGCCUCAGGCGAGUGGGGAUGAGCGGCCAGUGGCUCCUGCUGGAGAGCGGCAGCGAGGUAACUAUAGGCCGAGGAUUUGGUCUCACCUACCAGCUGGUCUCAAAAACCUGCCCACUGAUGAUCUCUCGUUACCACUGUGUUUUCAAGCAGAAUGCACAAGGCCAGUGGACAGUUACAGACAACAAGAGUCUAAAUGGUGUUUGGUUGAAUAAGGAACGUCUUGAUCCAUUAAAGGCCUAUCCAAUAGGUGAAGGAGACCAUAUUCAACUAGGAGUGCCUUUGGAUAACAAAGAGACUGCUGAAUAUGAAUAUGAAGUGAUGAAGGAAGAAUGGGAGAAAGUUAGUCCAUUUUUAGCCCCGAGGAAUGACCAACUGAUGGGGAAACCUAAGGGUGCAAGAACUAAACGUAAACUUAGUUUGGAGGAAUCAGAGGCAUCUGGAGCAGAAGGCCCUUCGAAUUCCAGAUCUAAAAGGGACAGAGUGUCCUGCGAUAGUGAACCUUUGGGUAGAUCAUGUGGGAGGGCAGAGCUGGCCAAACAGCCAACAGAAAACAUGGAUGUCAAGCUACCUUCUCCUGGACCAAGCGUGGAGGAGGAUAAAGCUACAGUAUAUUGUAAUCCUAUGAACUCUGAGAAAGCUCUGUCUCUUAGCCAUAAGGACCAGAAAGCCUCUAGUCUGGCACAGUCUUGGACUGGUUUGGAAAUGCUGAGGAAAACCCUGGGAAAUAUAAUGAAGCUGAAAGUCAAGGUGGAGGAGAAGCAGACAGCUGUUUUGAGUGUGAAGAAGAGCAGGAAGUCUGGCCAAAAAGAGAUCCGAGUGAUGGAGCAGGAGCUGCGGGAAUUGCAGGACCAGCUGUGCACUGAACAGGAACAUCAGCAGCAGAGGGUGGAACAGCUGGAGAGGACAUUCUAUGAGGAGCAGCAGCAGCUUCUGGAGGGAGUGAAGAAGCAGCAAGGGGAAGAGAAUUUGAAGGAGCAACUGGCCCAGGUUCUGCAGGAGCAUCGUGCCCUGAUGGAUGAGCUGAGCCGUAGCAAGAAGGAUUUUGAAGAGAUAAUUCAAGCUAAGAAUAAAGAGUUGGAAGAGACUAAGGAGGAGAAGGAGAAGGCGAGAGCGCAAAAGGAGGAGGUUUUGAGUCAGAUGAAUGAUGUACUGGAGAAUGAGCUGCAGUGCACAAUCUGCUCUGAACACUUCAUUGAGGCUGUCACUCUGAACUGUGCACACAGCUUCUGCUCCUACUGCAUCAAUGAAUGGAUGAAACGUAAAGUGGAGUGUCCCAUCUGCAGGCGGGAGAUACAAUCCAAGACGCGCUCCCUGGUUCUGGACAACUGCAUUGACAGGAUGGUCGAAAACUUGAACUUGGAGAUGAAGGAGCACCGCCUGGCUCUCAUCCGAGAGCGCAAAGAGAAACAGGAUGUCUUAGUGAACCCAGCCACGGACAGUGAGAGCAGUAUCAUUUCUUCUAUCUAUUCCAUCUUGUCGAUGAGCAGUUAUGACAGUGAUGACUUUGAGGAGGACUCUGACUACGAUAAUAUCUAUGAUAUCUAUGGUAUCUGA